AUGAAUGGUGUAAAUAUGAUUGAUGAUGAUGAUGAUGAUGAUGAAGUACAAAUUAAAACGACAUCGUCAACAUCAAUAUCAUCAAAAUCAUCAUCUCUAACAACAAAGAAAAAAAAAGGAGUUUUUCCUCGAUGUAAGGCUUGUCUUAAAACCUUUUCUCUUCAUUGUGAUGGAAAAUCAGCAGUCGAAAAACAUAUGACUAGUUAUGUACAUAAAAAGUCGAUGAAAACGUUCGAGAAUAAUUGUUCACUAACACAAUUUAUAACUCCAGAACGUGAAUUAGAUAAAAUUGCAGCAGCUGAAUGUGUACUUGUUUUCCAUGGAGUAAAACAUGGACAUAGUUAUCGAUCUCAAGAAUGUACAGCUGAUUUAAUUCGAAAUAAAAUAUAA